AUGCGGCCGCCGGAGUUCCCCGUGCCGUGGGAACGCAAGUACAAGCAGUACGCGCGCGGGCAGCACCCGUCGUACGACAUGGUGUACGCGGGACCCAUGCCAGAGAUAUUCCCGACGCGGCACAACUUCCGCAAGCCGACGCGGUGGGACUUCCACGACGUGGAGAAGCAGGGGAAGUACAAGGUGAGCGGGCCGUACUAG